CUUUGUGCGAUAUUUCGAUGGUAGAAAAAUCAAUCGAUGGCACCCGAUAGGCACAUCUCUACACUGCACGAGUAAAGGUUAGCUCAGCCCACAGAUCGGUUGCCAAUUUGAGAUACACAUCCCCAUCUCAAGGUAGGGACAACGGCGCUUGCAUAAUGAAAAUCUGGACGUCAGAGCACAUAUUCAAUCACCCGUGGGAGACUGUCACGCAGGCGGCGUGGCGCAAGUACCCGAACCCGAUGACUCCCUCCAUUAUUGGGACGGACGUGGUCGAGCGUCGGGUGGUGGAUGGAGUGCUACAUACCCACAGACUGGUGCAGUCCAAAUGGUACUUUCCUAAGUGGACACACGCUCUGAUCGGCACGGCAAAGACGUGCUUUGCCAGCGAACGCUCCACGGUGGACCCACAGAGUAAGCAGAUGGUGCUGAAGACGAACAACCUUACAUUCUGCCGCAACAUCAGUGUCGACGAAGUGCUCUAUUACGAACCACAUCCAUCGGACACCAACAAGACUUUGCUCAAGCAAGAGGCCACCGUGACCGUCUUCGGCGUCCCGCUGUCCCACUAUAUGGAAGAUUUGCUCACUUCGACUAUAAGCACUAACGCAAGCAAGGGUCGGCAGGGUCUGGAGUGGGUGAUCGGGCUUAUCAACACCGAGGUAAAGGGCAUCGCCCGAGGAACGGACGAACUUUUACACAGCACACGGCGCUCCAUCGAUGAGGUCACGGAGAGCGCCCGGAAAAGCAUGGAUGAGAUCAGCGCGCAGGCCGCCAAAGCGGCGAAGGCGAUGCACAUAACAUAGGUGGCGAAGAGGUGACAGUGCAAGCUCGCGGCGGAGACGUUCAUCAGUGAUUUAUUUUAGAUAGCGCACGGUCGCCAUUUUAGUACUACAAUAACCAAUUACAAGAUAGACAUCUAGAAACGCGAAGUGCAGCAACUAUCUUUCAGUCAUGUCUGUUAGUUGUCUGCUAAUAUGCAUAGAGUACACCGUAAGCUUUGUAAACCACCGCAAAAGUGGAAGAACAAAAAUAGCAAAUAAACUACAAAUUUGCCUAGAACAA